ACACAUUUGUUGAGAAAGAAAUAUGGAAUUAAUCGAUUGUGAACCAAUUCAAAAGUGGAUAGAAAAAAACGUGACCCAUCUAAUCGUCCCUCAAAAGAAAACGUAUUUAGUAUAUUCGUUAGCUAAGUGACAAUAAAACUAUUUAUAAUAUAAAGUAACAAUCAAGUUUUAUAGAAGUUUAGCCUUAGGGUUUAGGGUUAAACUGUUUUUGAAGUGUUAAUCAGAAAGAAAGAAAGAAUCUUGAACUGCCCCUGGUCGUUGGUGUCGCGAAUGGCCUUCCAUUUUGGAGCUUCCUUUAUACGAACCUAAAACCUUCACCACUCAGCCGCUACACCUUCUCCUAAUUCCCUUAAACCCCAACUUAUCAUUCCCUUCAAUUCUCCAUCCAUCUCAAUCCUUAAUCCCUUCUCUUUCAACCACAUGCUCAAAUGUGCCUCUCCACUCACUCGCUCUUCUUUCUCCGCCGUGAUUCAUCUCAUUUCCACGUCCAUCGUACCCACUCAACUCCCCACUGUUCAUCUCCCCCGCCGCCACAAAUCUGAAUUCGCCUCUCCCAGCUUUCAGGUCAAGCCACACCACAAAGAUACCUCAUCCUGGGAUAAAACGCUUAGGGGGCUAUGUUUAACUGGGAAAUUGGCGGAAGCUGUUGCACUUUUGUGCUGUAUGGCCUUGCAAUUUCACUCCAAAACUUACUGUCUUCUGCUACAAGAAUGCAUUUUCAGGAAAGAGUAUAUGAAAGGAAAAAGAAUCCAUGCCCAAAUGGUUGUUGUUGGAUAUGUACCCAAUGAAUAUCUCAACACCAAACUAUUGAUUUUAUAUGCCAAAUCAGGUGACUUAGAGACUGCAUACGUCCUUCAUGAACAUUUGUUGGAGAAAAGCCUGGUUUCAUGGAAUUCAUUGAUUGCCGGGUAUGUACAGAAGGGGCUUGCUGAAGUUGGAUUGGAGUUUUAUUUAAAGAUGAGACAAAGCGGUUUAAUGCCUGAUCAGUAUACUUUUGCAUCAGUUUUAAGAGCUUGUGCUAGUUUAGCUUCUCUGGAACACGGAAAGAGAGCACAUGGAGUUUUGAUUAAAUGUCAAAUUGGUGAUAAUGUUGUUGUGUCUAGUGCACUUGUAGAUAUGUACUUCAAAUGCAGUAGCUUAUCUGACGGGCAUAAAGCAUUUAACAAAUCUUCAAAUAGGAAUGUAAUCACUUGGACUGCUUUGAUAUCUGGGUAUGGACAGCAUGGAAGAAUUUCUGAAGUUUUGGAAUCAUUUCAUAGUAUGAUAAACAAAGGCUACCGGCCGAAUUACGUCACUUUCCUUGCAGUUCUUGCUGCUUGUAGUCGUGGAGGCUUUGUGUCAGAGGCGUGGAAUUACUUUUCUUUGAUGACAAAGACCUAUGGAAUUGAACCAAGAGGGCAACAUUAUGCUGCCAUGGCUGAUCUUCUUGCCAGAGCUGGGAGAUUGCAAGAAGCCUAUGACUUUGUUCUUGAUGCACCUUGCAAGGAGCACUCUGUUAUGUGGGGUGCUUUGGUUGGAGCUUGUAAAGUUCAUGAAGAUGUAGAUUUGAUGAAACAUGUUGCAGCAAGUUACUUCGAAUUGGAUCCUAAAAACUCAGGAAAGUUGGUUGUUUUCUCAAAUGCUUUUGCCACAUCCGGGUUGUGGGACAAUGUUGAAGAGAUAAGAGCUAUGAUGAAGAAAUCAGGAAUGAGUAAAGAUCCUGGUUGCAGCAGAAUAGAAAUUCAAAGGGAAUUCCAUAUUUUUGUCAAGGGCGAUAAAUCUCACAGAGAAACUGAGGAGAUUUAUAGAACCAUUGACAGAAUAACUCCAAUUUUGAAGGAUGCAGGAUAUAUUCCUGAACUAUGUGAAAAAACAGUGAUAGAGGGAUUAAGUUGGUGCUGAACUAUACGAAACUGACGUUAAAAUGUAGAAAUGUCAAUUAGAACACUCGUUGAAGUCCAAAUUUUUGUAGUUUGAGGUUGUAGCAAGUUCACAAUAUAUCACAAUCUGAUUAGUUUUGUUGGUUUCGUCC